AUGGCAUCCAGUGAUCAAAAACCCGAGGUCCAGUUGCAUGAAGCAGUAGUCAUGGCAUCAACUACCAAUGGUGUUAGUGCUAGCUCCCAAAAGCAUCAAGCAGAAGGAGCACAUCACCAUGGACCUCCUCCUGGACCAGCUAAUCCACUCGCUAUUGGAUUCGCAGCCUUUAGCGCCAUCUUUGGUCUUUACAACUCGGGUCUUAUUACAGAUAUCCCUCAGGUUGCUGUGGGUGUUUCUGUCGGCUUUGGAGGGCUCGGCCAGUUGUAUGCUAGUAUUGCCUGCUUCAUCCAGGGCGAAACAUAUCCAGCUACAACCUUUGUGACUUAUGCUGGCUUCUUCUUUGCAUUUGGCAUCAUGUUUAGCACACCGUCUGGAUGCGUUGAAGCAGCUACUGCUGGAGGAUCUAAUGAACCGCUUGACAAAUGCAUGGGCUUAAUCCAGCUCGUGUUCACUAUUUGUCUAACAGUUGCCGCCGGAUGGUUCUCGUUUGCAAUAGCAGUCGUCGGAUGGGCAAAUAUGAUGAUAACUUGA